AUGGUACAGAAUCAUCAAAAGUCUAGUCAUUUACCAAUCCUUUAUAAUCCAUUAUUAAAUUGUAUAUUCAAUAAUCCUAAUCAUUCAAAAACCCCUUUUAAAACUGUUACAGACGAGUUAAAAACGAAGCAUAAUCAAUAUACAAUUCUAGUUCCACCGGCUUAUAUACUAAAUGAAUUUCAUGAUCCAGCUUCAGAUGGUUCAAAAACCAAAAUAAAAUUAAAAGAUCUAUGCUAUCAUAGUGAAGAAUUUAUAAAACUGCAUAUCAUCAAGACCGUAGCUCCAAUAUCAUCGACAAUUACUGCAAUAUCAAAAGAACAACUGGUUACUUACAGCACUUUAAAUAGUAAACAAAUUUUGAUCAAAAACCGAAUGAUAUACACUGGGAAGGGAUUCAAAAGAAGUUUGAAGUUGAAAAUCACAUCGAUACUGUAUUUCAAAUCAUUUUGUGACUACUUCCCCAAGGGAUCUCAAUUCAUGUUAAUAUAUAUUGAAAGUUCAUUAAUUGGUGGUUCACCUCCAUAUUCUAUACCUCCAUCAAUCAUACAAUCAAAUGGAUCAUUAACUCAAAAAGAAGAAAUUGAUACAAUGACAUUUGAGAAACUAUUACGAAAUUUUCCAUUAUUAUCAAAAGCAGUUGGUGAUAAAUUUUAUAGACUUUUCCAUCAUAAUAGUAAUCAAUCACAGCUACUACGAACAAGAACAAGGAAAAAAUUAAAUGUUAUCAAGACUGAAUUUAAAAAAUUAGUAGAUGAAGCAUUUAAAAUAAUACUGGAUAGUGUGAAAGUUGAGAAUCCAAAUAGUGAACAAACAUACAAUCUAAUUAAUCACAUAAUUAGUACUUAUCCAGGAAUUGAUCUUAAUAAAUUAGUUCAUGAGUAUGUGGAAUUAAAUUUAUACGACGUGCUAUGGUCUCAAUUAGUUUUCCAAUUUAACUAUUCAAAUGAUGAUAAACAAGAAUAUGAUCAUGAGGCAAUUAAAGUUCUACUGUCAUCAAAAUAUGAAACUUUAUCAUGCUUAUCACUAAAUCAAUUGGAUUUACCAGUUGAAAAACCAUGGCAGAUCAAUGAGUUACAUUCACGGAUGUACUCUGGAAUACAGGAAUUGAGAAAACUAGCUGAUCCAUCUAUGACCAAUCUGACUUUGAAGAUUAAUACAAUACGAAAAACUAUAGAAAUACUAUCUAAAAGUGAUAAAAAUCUAGUAAUUGAUGCCGACACAUUAAUGGGAUUGUUGGUUAUGACAGUGGUCCACUCAAAGAUCGAUAAUCUUGAGGCACAAAUUUAUUAUAUGUUAAAUUUUAAUGCAUCUGAAAAAUCAAAUGAUGGUCAGUUUAAUUAUAUAAUGAGUAAUUUGGAUGCUGUGAUUUGCCACUUAUCAAGUCAUGACACAAACUUGUUGCAUUGUUCUCAACAAAAUUUCGAGUUGUGGAGUGCUGUGUUUGAACAAAAUGUAGAAAAAUUAAAAGAGAUUUUGAAAGAAGUUGAUGUUGAUUCUGAAUUACCUGAGAAUCAUUUCAUGAAAAGCAAAAACAUUAGUGGAGAAAGUUUAAUUAAUUUUGCAAUAAAAGUCAAAAAUUAUGAAAUUUAUAAAAUGAUAAUGCAAAAUGUUAAUUGGUACUCGAUUGAUUUUAUACUUUUUGAUAAAAAUGUUAUACGAAAUCAAAAUUUAUUGGCGGUAGCUUUAGUAGAAGAAACUGAUGAGAAAAUACUAGAAGAUUUGGUAACAAUUUUACUUGAUAAUGCAACUAUUGAAGAACAAAUUUCUUACUUGAAAAUGAGGGAUAAUUCAGGUAGAACCGUGGGGCAUUAUCUUUUCCAUAAUCAUAAAUUGAUCUAUAAAUUGGGUCAUCUAAUAAACUGGGAAUUAAAAGACAACAAUUCUCAUACACCUUUAUUUAGCUUGUGUCGAUGCUAUGAUCAUCCAGAUUAUCUUGAAAUUUUAAAAAGUGGAUUUGAUGUUGUUUAUAAAAAGUACAAGACAAUUGAUUUUGAUGUUCAUGUCGAUAAAACUGGUAAUUCAUUAUUGCAUGUUAUACUAAAGGGCUUGCCACAAACUCAAAUUUUAUCAAAUAAAAAUAAUUUAAUAGAUUUGAAUGCAAUCAAUGCAAAGAGUUUAACUCCAUUAAUGUCAUACGUUAAAUACAGCAGAUUGGAAAAUUUAAAAGAAAUUUUAGAUGAUGAAAGGUUAGAUUUUAUGUUUGAAGAUGAAAAAAAUCAUUAUAGUGUAUUUGAUUAUUUAAGCUUUGUUGCAACAAAAUCAAAAUCUGAUAAAUUUAAAGAAAUUGAUCAAAUUAUAACGGAGUUUGUUUUCAAACAUCAUUUUCCAGAGUCUUCGUCAAAGGUAUUUGUUUUAAAUGGAAAAUAUGAUUCUAAAUCAAAAGACUGGAUACUAAAUUUGAAGAAUGAGGAAAAACUGAAAAGUAAAUCAUUGAAGUCUUUGAAACAAGUGUAUUAUAUUGAAAAAUUGAAACAUCCCAUGUCAACCAUACCAGACACAGAAGUAUUUUGGAGAAAUUAUGCACUUGGUUUUGGAACAACACCAAUGUUUCAAAAAUUUAGGAUCAACAAGCUUAUUGAUAGAAUAAAUAUUAUGUUUCAGAGUAUGGUUUUUCAAGAAAUCAAUUUACAAAAUUUUUAUAAUUCAUUUUUAAAUGAAGAUGAAGUAUCUGUGCUUGAACUGAAACAGGAGAUUUCCCUCUUUGUAGAAGAGGAGAAAGAGAAAUUAGGAGAAGUUAGAUUAAAAUCUGCGCAGAUACAAGAAAUGGAAACUUUUCUUAAUUUCUCAUUACAAGAUCUACACAACCAGGGACAAGUAUUAUAUAAAUUUAUUAAACUAUUUUGUGUUGGUGAACAAAAGCAAUUAGAUUUGAAAAAUAUUGAAGAUUUGAUCAUAAGUAGAAUAAAUGAAAAAGUGUUUUUCACAAAGUCCUUUGGGAUACCUGAGUAUAAUUCGCAGGCUGCAAGUUUUGGUAAAUUAGUUGAUUAUGUUUUAUGGAUUGAAUUAAUUGGGGAUGAAUUGAAAAAGAAUAUCUAUAAAUUAUUUCAAAGCUUCAAAUUAUGGAAUGAUAUCUUUCAUCAAAUACGUUCAAUAAAUACAGAAAUAAGAUUACAGGAACCAGCACCUGAACCACAAGCACAACCACCAUCAUCAACUGAAUCGGAAUUAACAAAAACUAGAACUAAUACUUCUGUAUAUUCUAUGAAUUCCCAGUCUAAAUUGGAUGAUGAUAAUGAAGAAGAGACAGAAGGGUUUUUUGCAUUUGGUAAAUCUAAAAAAUCAAAAUACAAGGAAUUAUUAGUUUUAAAAGUUUCAUUAGUUGAAAAAUUAAUGAAGUUAAAUCUUGAAUUAAAAUAUGAAUUUGAAAUUAUUGCAACUGAGAUUUCAAAUUUUUUAAAAUUUAAAACUAAUUUCUUACAAUUUGGUAUAAAACAAUAUAUUAAAGAAGAAAUAAGAUGUUUAAAACAAAGGAAAUUGGAAUUGAAUAAAACUUUGUAUAGAAUUAAGAAAUGA